GUAGACUUUAAAGCCCAUACUACCCUCUGGACUGUGGCCACGUCACUCUCCUUUAACUACUUUGAUAGUCCCAAAGCUGCGACGGCGAUAAAUCGAUGAAUUAACGACGUUCGAAGAAACUCCAGAGGUCUCUUCAUUUUCCUUUUGUAUACUGGUAAAAAUUGGUGGUCUCUUCUUUGUCUCCGAGUAUGGAGAAAAUGAGAGGGAAGCGAAUCAGACCAAGAGAUUCCGGCGAGUUAGUCGAAGAUGGGAGAUCUGAAAGCGAGCGUAAGACGAGGAAGAAAGAGAAUGAUGUUGUGAGCAAAGGAAGAAUCGGAAGAGGAAGAGGAAGAGGAGAGGUUUCGAAGCGAUCUAUUGAAAUAGACAUUUCUAAUCCCGAGAAGGAUAUUAAGCCUGACGGAAGCAGAAAGUGUUUGGGUUCGACGUGUCAUCAUUGUAAGAUCUUGACGAGUGAGAGUGAUCUUAUCUUCUGUUCAAAGUGUAACAAGAAGUGUUAUUGCUUUGACUGCAUCAAGAGAUCGUAUUCAGAAAGAACACAUGAGGAAGUUAGAGCUGCUUGUCCAUUCUGUAUGAUGACUUGCAUUUGCAGAGCUUGUUUGCGGUUGCCUUUGGUUAUCAAGCCUCCAAGUGAAAAAGAUACAGAUGUCAAGCUUAAGCAGCUGCAGUAUCUGUUAGUCAAAGUUCUCCCAGUUCUUAAGGAUAUUUAUACGGAGCAGAACCGUGAACUAGAGAUUGAAUCAACAAUUAGAGGACACCCUGUGACAGAAGCUAAUAUCAAGAGGUGCAAACUUGACCCAAGCGAACGCAUAUACUGUGAUCUCUGCCGCACAUCCAUUGCCAAUUUUCACAGAAGCUGUCCGAACAAAAAUUGUUCAGUCGAUAUAUGUCUUUCUUGCUGCAAGGAACUAAGUGAGGGCUUCCAUCAAGAGAGAGAUGGGAAGAAAAAUGCAGAAGGGAAAGGAUAUGAAUGUCGAAUCCCAGCAGGUCAAGGAAAAGACUCGGACGCAUAUGUUCCACUGCAUUUCUCGACUUGGAAGCUUAACUCAGACAGUAGCAUUCCAUGCCCUCCAAAAGAGUGUGGUGGUUGUGGUACUUCAACACUGGAGUUGAGACGCUUAUGGAAAAGAGAUUGGGUUGAAAAAUUAAUAACGAAUGCCGAGAAAUGUACUCUGAAUUUUAGGCCAACAGAUGUGGAUAUUGUUCAUGAAUGUUCCUCAUGCUCUACCAAUUCUGAUUCCAUUAGAAGGCAGGCAGCUUUUAGGAAGAAUGCUCAUGAUAAUUUCUUAUACUCCCCAAAUGCUGUUGAUCUGGCUGAAGACGAUAUUGCUCAUUUUCAGUUUCAUUGGAUGAAGGCAGAACCUGUGAUAGUCAGAAAUGUUCUCGAGAAGACAUCUGGACUAAGUUGGGAACCAAUGGUUAUGUGGAGGGCUUGUAGGGAAAUGGAUCCAAAGCGUAAAGGUACAGAAGAAGAGACAACAAAAGUGAAAGCUUUGGAUUGCUUGGACUGGUGUGAGGUUGAAAUAAAUCUGCAUCAGUUUUUUGAGGGCUACUUAGAAGGCCGCAUGCAUAAAAACGGUUGGCCAGAAAUGUUGAAAUUGAAGGACUGGCCUCCCUCAGAUUUAUUUGAAAAGCGCCUUCCAAGGCAUAAUGCUGAGUUUAUUGCCGCAUUGCCUUUCUUUGAUUACACUGACCCAAAGUCUGGUAUCCUAAAUCUCGCAACAAGAUUUCCGGAAGGAUCCUUGAAGCCAGAUCUUGGACCCAAGACAUACAUUGCGUACGGUUUCCAUGAAGAGCUUAAUAGAGGAGAUUCGGUGACAAAACUUCAUUGUGACAUUUCUGACGCGGUCAAUGUGUUGACACACACAGCUAAAGUGGAAAUCCCUCCCGUCAAAUACCAAAACAUAAAAGUACAUCAGAAAAAAUAUGCAGAAGCCAUGUUGCAGAAACAACAAUACAGUGGUCAAGUGAAAGAAGCCAGCGAACUUGAAAACAAGUCAAUGAAAGAAGUGGAUGAAAGUAAAAAGGAUUUAAAAGACAAGGCAGCUAACGAAGAACAAUCAAAUAACAGUUCAAGACCGUCGGGCUCAGGAGAAGCUGAGAAAGUAAUUAUUUCAAAAGAGGAUAAUCCCACACAACCUGCUGUGAGUACAAGUGUGGAAUCCAUACAAGAACAGAAGCUGGAUGCUCCAAAAGAAACUGAUGGCAAUACCAAUGAGAGGUCAAAGGCUGUGCAUGGUGGUGCUGUCUGGGAUAUCUUUCGAAGAGAGGAUGUUCCAAAACUUAUUCAGUUUUUGAAAAGGCACGAGCAUGAGUUUCGUCACUUCAAUAACGAACCCCUGGAAUCCGUUAUUCACCCAAUUCAUGACCAGACUAUGUUCUUGAGUGAUAGCCAGAAGAAACAGCUGAAAGAAGAAUUUGAUAUAGAACCAUGGACCUUUGAGCAACACCUCGGCGAAGCAGUCUUCAUACCUGCAGGUUGUCCUCACCAAGUGAGGAAUAGACAGGUAAGCAAUUAGUUAAAAUUCCCUAUUUUCGACAUCUUUUUUCAUUCAUCUACAUUUUGCUCAUUCAUUGUUAUUCUUUCCUCAAAAAAGCAAAAAACUCAACAUUUUAUGUUAGUGUUCCCUAAAAUUCAGACUGUUUCCAGUCUUGCAUAAAGGUGGCACUAGACUUUGUGGCUCCUGAAAGCGUCGAAGAAUGCCUUAGGCUAACACAGGAGUUCCGGAGAUUGCCUAAAGACCACAGUUCUAGCGAGGAUAAAUUGGAGCUUAAGAAAAUUGCACUGUAUGCUGCGAGUUCAGCCAUAAGAGAGGUAAAAGGGCUAAUGCAAAGCUCCCGACGCAGUGAUACCUAACAAAUGACAAGGAAAAGUUCCCAAGUUUAUUUUAUCCCUAAACUAUUCCUACGCAGUUGACUUGUUGUAACUUCCUCUACUUUAAAAUAGUAGAGUUGGAUAGAGUGUAAUGUAUAAUUACCAUGAUUACCGAGUAGUAGAAUUAUGUAAAAGAAUCUGUUAACUUCAAGUUUUAAUCAACAUGUUGCUUAACAAUGACUCUG